AUGACGGCGGCUCGGUCAAGCUCUGCAAUUCCAGACACCUACGAGGAACACCCACGCAAGUUCGAUGCCAUCAGUAACUCCCUCGCCACUCUCUCGUAUGGGCAGACCGUCGAGGUAGAUCCCAUGACAGUCGACAGUCAAGCCAAGGAAGAGUUGCUGGCAUCGAAGCCUGAGCUCGCCCAGAGCGUCACGUGGCGGUGCAAAGACAAAUCCCAGCUCCUAAAUUUCUACGACACGAGGCAACAGAAGGCCGUGCCCAUCAGAGUUCGCAGAGAGCCUCGUAACGUUCGUGAGGUGCGGCGUGCUUUCUCUCCGCUCUGGACAGUGACCUUCAGCAUGAUGAAGUCCAAUGACGGCUUGUCCGACGAGUUCAAGCUCGGCGCCGAUGGAUGCCGCGUGGACCUGUACAUCACAUCGGAUCCCAGAGGCCCCGAGCUCAGCCACUUCAGCGGCGCAGAGCCGCCGAGGUGGGCCGACAAGCCAGCAUUUCAGCAGUUCGCCGCAGCGAACGAUCGUGCACUUACAGAGGAGCAGCUCGAGGCCGGCGCAAACCUCGCAAGUGUCAAAAUAUCGGACUACGCCAAAUACUUCGGCGUGCUCAUCGGCCGUGAGGCCAGCCUCGCCCGGCUCCUCGGCGCCCGCGGCGCGGCCGGCCGCUGGGAGCAGGCGCUGGGCCUGCUGCGGCGGGCGCGCCGCGCCGCCUGCGAGGUCGACGCCCCCGCGUACAACGCGGCCAUCACCGCGGUGGGCAGGGGCGUGCAGUGGCGGCCCGCGCUGCAGCUUCUGCGGGACAUGCGCGCCUCCUGGGCCCGGGCCUGGGAGCGCGCCGUGCUGCUGUUCGAGCAGGCGCGGUCCUGCAGGCUGGAGCUGAGCCUGCUGGUCUACAGCGGGGCCGCGAGCGCCUGCAAAGCGGGGCUGCAGUGGGCGCAGGCCCUGGCGCUGCUGGGGGAGCUGCGGGCGGGCGCGCUGCGGCCCAGCGCCAUCUCCUGCAGCGGCGUCAUGAGCGCCUGCGAGCGGGGGCACCAGUGGCGAGCCGUGCUGCACCUGCUGGGGUGCAUGGGCCGCUGGCUGCUGCAGCCCCCCAGCGUCGCCUACGCCAUGGCGGUGAGGGCGUGCGAAGCGGGCAGGCAUCUCUCGCGGGUGCGCUGGCUGUUCCACAGGAUGCAGAGCGAGAGGGUCGUGCCCGAGGCCGCGUUGUGCAACGCCUCGGUCAGCGCCUGCGGCAGGCACCAGGAGUGGGCUGCCGCCUUGGCGCUCUUCCUGCGGCUGCGCACGAUGGCCCUGCGCUGCGACGCCGCCGCGCACGGUGCAGCCGUCCACGCCUGCGGCAGGCUGCGCAGGUGGCGGCAGGCGCUGCGGCUGCUGGGCGCCGCGGCGGAGCCCAGCGCGGCGGCGUGCGGUGCGGCGGUGAGCGCGUGCGAGCGGAGCGCGCAGUGGCGGCAGGCGCUGCACGCCCUGCGGCUUGCCGAUCGGAGCGGCCUCUCCCUCACCACGGUGGCGCUGAACGCUGGGAUCGCGGCCUGCGCCAGGGGCCACAGGUGGGACCAGGCGAUCACGCUCGUGGGCCAGAUGCGGCGCCUCCGCAUCACCCGCGACACCAUCACCAAGGGCUCCCUCGAGGGCGCGAAGUUAUUCUUGGGAGCCCUAGAUCACAUACAACAGCGCCAUCGCGGCGUGCGAGAGGGAUGA